AUGGCAAUGAUAGAACAUGUAUCUAGAGUUCGAAGACUUUACAAACUUAUAUUCCGGGUACAUAGAGCUUUGCCGGAUGAAUUAAGAAUUCUUGGCGACAAUUACGCAAGAGAAGAAUUCAAACGCCACAAAAAUUGCACUCCUGAUGAAGCAAAGAUAUUUUUGAAUGAGUGGACUGAUUAUGCAAUUAAUAUAGCUAAGCAAAUGAAGCCUCUCAGUCAAGCAAAGGGAAAAGGUAUUGGAAAAUAUUUGGACCCGCAAAUGUUGGAUUAUAUGACUGAUGAACAAUUAGUACAACUUUAUGAACUGCAUAAAGCAGCUUCUAUUGAAGAAGAAGAUAAUGAAAAUGAAGCUUCUAACAAUGAAAAGGGAGAUGGUAGAUAG